AUGAAAAAUCGUCAGCGUCGGUGGAUGCUGGAUGGGCUGAAGCACUUAGGAGCACCCAUCGUGUUCGCCCAGCUCGUGUCCUUGAUCUUUGCCGUGGACGGCUUGGAUUGGUCAUCGCCUGGUCAGCAUGUUGAGACAUUUGCUGGAGCCAUGUCAGUGACGUCGACCUGGAGUGCGUCCGCGUGGGCAAUUUGCUCGCAGCGCGUGCAUGCGUACUGUGCCUUUUGUGCGCCUGUGGUUUGGUGGGUGUUGGAGCAGCCGGCCAGCUCCACACUGGAGUACUUGCCAAUCUUUCAAGACAUGGUGAGAAUGAUCCCAUGCAGGCGCCUUCACAUCUUCAUGAGCCAUUACGGCGGCCCUACAAAGAAGCCGACUUACCUCUAUUCCAGUCACCAACAGAUUGAUGACAUCGCGAGGUUCAGAGUAGCAGAGAACUUGCAGAAUCGGAACAUGACAGUGCACUACGUGGAUGGGUUUGGAAAAGCAUUGGCUCGCUGUCGCACCUUGCAUUGGAAGGAGAAUGUGAGGAGAGCUCGGCGGAAGGUUCAGUGGGCUGCAGGGCCUGUCAAGAUUGCAAAAACAAAGGAUAGCGAGAUGGAGAAGAGAAGUCGGAAGGAGAAGAAAGUGAAGAAGCAACAAGAAGAUAGCAAACCAGUGGAAGUCAAGAAGCGCAAGGAUAGCCAGGGCGCUGGCAAGGAGAAUGAACGGUCACAAAAGAUUGAUGCAAAGAAAGAAAGCGCCAAGAAGCAGAAGGUAGAUGACAAGAAGAAGGAAAAGGAUGAGAAGGAGAAUGACAAGAAGCCGAAAGAGAAAAAGGAAAAGAAGAGGAAAGUUCCUGAGACGAAGGAAGCUGAGGAAGUUGAAGCAGGAGAAGCGAAGAAGCUAAAGGAGAAGGAAAACAAGCAGGAGAAGAAGCAAGACAAGAAAGAAGACGACAAGAAGGACGAGAAGGACAGAAAGAAUCGAAAGGAUAAGGAUAAGAAAAAGAAAAGAAAGGCUGAGAAGGAGGGGGGCAAGAAGCCAAAGAAGCAGAAGCAGUCCAAGAAGGAUGACAAGAUUGUGUAUGUCCCCAUGAUCGCCGGACAGAUGCAGCAUGUCUUUGAGUCGCCUACAGCAGCAGCACCAGCAACACCAAGCACGACAAAGGCGAAGGCUGAGGCUAAGUUGAGAUCAUUGCAGUCGCUCUUGGAGACCUGCCCGCCUGACACUGAUGAGGAGACACAUUCAUUUGUGCCACCCGCGGAGUCAGUGGCGCAAGAAGGAGAUGCAGAAGGUGAAGAAGUGGAGACUGAUGAAGAGGAGGAGGAGGAGGAAAACGAUGGAGAGGAUGAGGAGCUGGAGACUGAGGCAUUUGUCGAGGAUGACAGCGAUGAUGACGAUAGCUAUGAUGAAGAGUCAGAAGAAGAAGAAGAAGACGAGGCAAACAAAGGCGAAGGUGAAGGGAACGAAGAGGAGAUGAGCAGUGAAGGAGAGUCCGAAGCAGAGGACGAUGAGGAGGAGGAUGGAGAAGUGAAGGGUGAGGGUAAGGGGGACGACAAGGUUGACGUCUCUGACUGCCGUGCGCUUGUUCCAGUGGUGGAAUCUACGUCGGAAGGGACUGUGGCACUUCGAAACAGUGUGACAAACAAGCGCGAUUGGGACAAGUUUUGCAGGCAAGCCAGCUGUCGAUCCAAGUUCCCUGUCGCGCUCAGCGAGCACUUUGUCAACAACAAGUUGGACCUCUUCAAUCUUUGGCUUGACAACAACAAGAGUUGGGAGAAGUGCAAGGUCGAGGUUGAGCGCAGGGCUGAAUUGGAGCACCAAUCGGUGCGGGGUUGGGAAGCGGUUCAGGGGAAAGAUCUUAAGAAGCGCUACACAGAAGAGAAGUACGAGGCUUUGGUCAAGUCUAGGAAAGCCGCCGGACUUUGGUAUCAGUGUGAUGAUUUCCCAGACGACCCGGACGAGUGCUGGUACUUCAUGCGCUCAGCCCAAAAGUUCAAGCGAAUCGACAAGACCAAGGAAGGCAUGGCUUUGAGGGCUGAGGCUUCAGUUGAUGAUGAAGCCCGAGCUCUACUCACCGGCGAGCACGGCCCCCUUCAAGCCGGGGCGCUUCCAAGCGUUGACGCGGUGUCAAAACCAGGAUGCAAGGCCCUCCUCGAUGCUGUGAACAAGGUGAGAGAUUCCGUCAACAGUGAACUGGCUCGCCUCCUCGCAUGGAGCUUCAAGCAUGCAAUGCGCGGCCGCGCGCCGGACAGGGGAUAUAGAGGUGAAGUUUUCAGCAAAACUACCUACCGGUAUGAGUUGAGUGGCCAAGUUCUUGCAUGUGGCUGGAGGGCGUGCUACUUUGCGAUGAAGGGAGACCUCAAAGCGAGGAAGCAAAUGAACAAAUUCACACGACAUUACGGCUGCAACUUGUUGUGUGAGCGGUGCUUGGCACAAACGGGGAAGCACUGCCCUGACAUUAUGUCAUACAGAAACUUCGGAAGUGCAGCCUGGCCCAUGACAGAAAUCAGUCAUGAGACAUACUUGCAAUUUGAUCGAGAUUCGCUGUCCCCUUGGGCCUGUGUCGACGGCUGGCGAUUGGACACGGUAGCCUUUGAUUUCCUACAUAUGGUUUACCUGGGCACGGGGCGCGAUCUAUUCGCGUCAGGGCUUCGAACACUGAUCGAGCGGGGUGUAUAUGAGCACACUGGCAUUGAAGACCUGGAUGACCUUCUAGAUUUUAUUCAUCUUGAGAUGCACAGGGAUUGUGGUGAAGCAGGGUUUUACUUACCAUGCAAGCCCGUUCUCAAUAUCGCCAGCCUCGGGGGUCUUGAAGACUACGCAGAGCUGACAUCCAGGUACAAGGCUUCUCACGUGAAGCUAAUGCUUUGGUGGCUCACAAGGAAAUGCCAAGUCAUUUCUGACGGCAAACCGGAUCCAAUUCUUUCGGUGCUAGCGACCUGUCUUUGGGGCCUCCAACGUGUUGUGGAAAUCAUGAGCGAAAGUGGAAUUGUGUUAGAGCCAUCGAGUGCCCUUGAAGCGUCGCAAUGUUUGCACCUGCAUUUGCGGACCUAUGCAUGGCUCGCUCUGCACUACCAUGAUCAGAAGAUCAUGUUUUACAAAGUCCGGCCAAAAACACACUAUCUUUUCCAUAUGGCAAAUGAGAUCGCAACCCUUCGACUUAAUUUUGCUCUGUUUUGGACGUUCGACGAUAUAUUUGCUUCGUUUUGUUUUGGAUCAAACACUCUUCGGAUGAAGGGAGUUCAAAAGGAUUCUGAGGAUCUUUGA